AUGUUUACACUCACCGGCGCAUACAAGUGGGUCGACGCCCUGCCAGAUCUCGUAUCGGAUUACAACGCGCGCAAGCAUCGCACCAUCGGCAUGCGCCCCGCCGCCGUGACUCCCGUGAUCGCCGAGAGACUGUUGAAAACGGUGUACAGCGCGUUAAAGAUCGCAGGUCCAGCGAGAUUCAAAGUAGGUGAUUCGGUACGCGUGAGCAAGUACAAGACGAUUUUCGAGAAAGGUUACACGCCGAAUUGGACCACCGAGGUGUUCAAGAUCGCAAAAGUACAGCGUACCAAUCCCGUGAUCUAUCUGCUCGAGGACUAUCGCGGAAAAUCAGUCGCUGGAGGGUUCUACGAGCACGAGUUGCAUCGCGCGACGUAUUCGGACGUGUAUCUCGUGGAGAAGGUGCUGCGCAGGAAAGGGGACGAGGUGUACGUGAAGUGGCUGGGAUUCGAUGGAUCGCACAAUUCGUGGAUACACAAAGAUUCUCUGGUUUAA